GCACGGAUCAGCAUCAACCUUUGGUUGUCAUUGUCCUUCAUGGCUCCCAGAGCCAAUUCUCUCGAUUCCUUAUCCUCACCAUCACCGUCUCCGACUCCAGAGGUGGAAUCCAAAAAACCCUCUGAACAUAACGCAAGUACCAGUACUAUGGCUCAUUUGGGCAGCGAUUCUGAACUCUCUGAGCUCACCGAGGAAGAGCAGGAGGCAGCACAGACAAACUCCAAAUCCACCAGUUCUCGAAGGCUAAAAGGUGUUGCUAAUGGACGCGGAGGAAAACCAUCAAGAAGAGGUAGAAGGAAAGGGAGUAGCUUGGUUCCUGCCCCCAUGUGGGGUUGGGCUGAGACCAAGGCCCAGGACGAGAAAGACGAUGAACAGGAUUCCGCAGAUCGGCAAACCAAACUUUUAAAAUCUUCACCCGAUGAUGACGAGGAAAUGAGGGAUCUACCGGAUGAGAACGAGAAAUGCACCGACGGCAAAGAAUCGACACCUGCCCCUCCUACACUUAUAUCCGAACCACCACAGAUUUCCGCCCUCGAUGUCCUCAGCACUGCUGCUGUCGCUGCAGAAACCAUUAACAAUGACACCGGUGAUCAACUUAAAGACUCUGGCGAGAUAGAUGCAGAAAACGUCCAAGAAGCACACGUACUCCCACUUCCUAUACCUCAUUCUAUUUCUCAGUCAGAUUCUGAAAUGGCAGAUCCUCCUGACGCUGAUUCAGAGUCUGAUGCUGGACUCGACGCCGACCUUGAUUUCGAAAUGAUUGCACCACUCGUCGAGACGGUUGCACCCAUUGGUGCUGCCACCUCCAUUACGGCGAACUCGGCUGCCGUUCAAGCUCCUCCUCGCUCUUCUCUAUUAUUGGUUGCAUCUUCUCGUUCAACUUCCCCUGAUUCACGCUCUCCCUCACUUGCCCUUGCGGCAGCAACAGCACAAGAGAGAGCGCCUCCGGCUGUGGCCGAUAAUGAUGAUGAGCUCGAGGAUGAGUUGGAUGAAGAAACGGAACGCGUCGAGGACGAGGACGAUGGUACUUCUAAACCCAACGGUCGGAAAUCCAAGGGUUCAAGGGCAAAAGGGAAGCCUAAACGCAAGUCGAAAGGGCGAGCUAAACAUAAACCCGCACCCGUAUUUCAUAAUUCAGCUAUGGAUGCUAAUAUCGUCACUGCUGAGGAUGAUGCCGAUGGUGAUCGCUCAGUAGAGGAUGUGGAUGUGGAUGUGGAAGCUGACGAGGACGUUGCUCUUGCCAAUGCCGCCCCUGCUAAUGAGGAGGCCGAGGUUGAGGCAGAUGGCAAACCUAUCGAAGAGGAGGAAGAAGAAAUGGAAAUAGAUGUCGAGGAAGAAGAACCGGAGCCCGAAGAACAGGAAGAACCAGAGGAAGAACCGGAACCGGAACCGGAACCAGAGGAAGAUGACGAUGACGAGGAGGAAUUGGAUCUUCAGCCUGCGCAUCGCGUUGAGGCUUUGGAUAUGCUGGCGACGAUUGAACUUAGCUUCGCGCUGGUGAGGGAAAAACUUUAUGUCGAAAAGAUGACGAGUUUAGCUUGGGAAGAAUCACUAGUUGAAGAUGGGACACAUCCGGAACUAAUCUACCUGCAGAACGAGCUUUCACGUAGGAAGGACAAGCGAUUACAACUCGCAGCACGCAAACGUUCCUUCGAAUUCUCAAAUAUCUCGCGUAAGAGGAAGCUAGACGAAGAUGCCAUAUGGUCUUGGUGGAAGCUUUCAAGAGACGAACUCCAGACGGAUAUGAUAGCAGAAACUAAUCGAAAGAAGCGCAAGCUGGAACGGGACCGUAGGCAGAUAGAACGACCGAUUCCUGUGCGUGCUCUACCACCAAUGCCUAUCGAGAUCGCUGCAACGAUGCCAACUCUUCGACAACUCAUUGACGACACACCCUUUGGUAAUAAAUGCGGUCACGGGCGCUCAAGCGGAAAACAUCGUAACUGUGACAUGAUCAACGGAAAAUAUGAGCCGGCGCUACUGGCGACACCUCUAGCCUAUCCGGAGCUGUCGACACUCAGUUCAAAUGAUGUCAAAGCUGAUCUUGACUUGCUAUUUUCGGUAUCUGCACGAAGAUCUGGAGGGUACGACUCUCACGGUCAUGGCGGGCCUUUACUGCAGCCUCAUCCUUUACAUCAUCCUCGAGACGGCCUCGGGCACGGGCAACGAAUGGCAGGAUCCUCAAACCGCCAUCAUCAACAACACCCAAAUUAUGCCAUGAUGCAAGUUCCGGUUCAACCACCACCCGGACCCGCACUUAGCGGCUAUGAACAUGCCCAUUUGAAUCAACAGUUCCCGUCUCCACAUGCAGGUGGAAUGAUGAACGAUACCUUUCCUCCAUCUUUCGGCGGACUUGGGAAAAUUCUACCACAUUUGCACCACCAGACGGGACCUGGCCCGGUGACCGGUCUUCCUCUCUUCAAUACUGGUCCACGGCCAACUUCUAGCUCCGGUCCUCCUGGGGUCAACGGAGCACCCGGAGGUGGGAGAACACACCAAGCCCAAUCGGUUGCUGCCUCUAGUGGGCCUGCAGCACAUGCAUUUCCUGGUCUAGUUGAUGAUGUGGCGGCGGCACCAGCACCAAGGGAUAGGGAACGUGAUAGAGAGAGACCUAUGGGAUAUGGCCGUAGGUCCAUGUCGCCCGGUGGUGGACCCCAGGCAAAAGAGACUGGUCAAUGGAUGGGAGCUGGAAUGGGCAUGGGAGGUUUUGGUAUUGGAUCUAUGCAUGGACCAAAUUCAAUGGGUACCUCUAAAACUCCUCGCUGGCCGGGCGAAGAUGAUGACAGAGAUAGGCCUCGGAGGGAGCGUGAGAGGAGGGAGAGGGACCCGCAAGCUCUGCAAAGGGAUCAGGAGCGGGAAAAGCGUCACACUUCUACGAAUGGCUCAUCCAGAAUGCUCGAAGGCAGUGUCGGGCCUUUAGUCGGGAGUUCAGGUCCAGGCCCAAGUUCAGGUCAACCUGGUUCUCAGCACUCCCCGCGUUCUCAUCAAUUUCAAGGCCCUCACCACCACCACCAUGGAAAACCACACCAUCAUCAUGUCGUUCACCAUCACCAUCAUAUGCACAGUGGCCCUUCACCCUCACCUACGAAUGCCUAUUCUCACCAUCCUGCUGGUCAAUCUACGAGCCCAAAUUUACCGAGAGACUCCACGGCUAAAGUCCCUCCCUUAAUAGGAAGUCGUCCGCCUUCAGUCAUCGCCGACGAAAGGGAGCGUGAAAGGGAACGCGAACGUGACCGACCAAUUCCAGUGCCUUUUACCUUUGGGGCUUCGCAAUACGCCAGAAUACCGCCGGGGCCACCGUCGUCUCAUGCCAAUGGUUUUUUGGCCUCCCCCCGACCAUCAUGGGGUACCCCUCCCCCUCCAAAAACCAGGUCGCAGGAGGAAUUCCCUACUACCAAAAGUGCUGGUGCAACUCCUGCUCCUGGACCGCCGAUAUACAGUCCUCCGGAACCUCUCAAUGCCUCUCACCCUUCCUCUCCCCCAAGAGCGACCCCUAGGCCCAGUAGCCCUAGGACUUUGAACGCUCCGAGUGAUGGCUCGGUUACGCACUCUCCUAUAGGAAAUCCGCGCUCACCACCACCGGGAAUCAACGAGAAACUGGGUUCGAUCCAUAAAGUUCCGCUUGAAGCUCUUACGAUCGCUAACCCGGCAGAGGCGUCGAGGACCGAAAGCAACAACAAUAACCUUACAAUGGGCCCCUCCUCUAAAUUAUUACCUAUUGACAAUUCACUUGCCAAACUUAGUGUUCCUCCGGUUCUAGAUGGUCAAGCAUAGCGAGUCUUCUCUUACAACGGAUUAAUUUUUUUGUUGUUAUAUUAUCUCUUAUCUCGUGGUCUGAUUCGACCUAUUCUGCCACGUAUGUAUUCGUGCGUUUUUCGUCUUGCUUUCUUCUUGCGUCACUGUUAUCAUAGCAAGCAAAUAUAUCUCUACUCGAUGGAAAUCUAUAACCGGUUAGAGGGGUCGUGGAGUAUGACCUUUUUCUACAGUUACAC